AUGGGCCGAGGCGGAGUGCAGGCGGAGGCGGCAGAGGAGCAGUAUGUGAAGGCCAAGGUUUCGGUGUGGUGGGACAUCGAGAACUGUCACGUGCCGAAGAAUUGCGAUCCACACGCGAUUGCGCAGAAUAUAAGCUCAGCUCUUGUUAAGAUAAACUACUGCGGGUCUCUUUCUAUAUCAGCGUAUGGUGAUACCACCAAUAUAUCCCCCGCCGUUCAGCAGGCGCUUAAUAGUACCGGCAUCGCCCUCAAUCACGUCCCUGCAGGUGUAAAAGAUGCUAGCGACAAGAAGAUUUUGGUGGAUAUGUUAUUUUGGGCAGUCGACAAUCCUGCACCUGCUAAUUAUUUGUUAAUUUCUGGAGACCGAGAUUUCUCAAAUGCUCUCCACCAGUUACGCAUGCGUCGAUAUAACAUUCUUCUGGCACAACCUCAAAAAGCGUCCGCACCGCUUCUUGCUGCUGCAAAGAGUGUAUGGCUCUGGACAAGUCUAUCGGCUGGAGGGCCACCACUUACAAAUGAUGAUUCUGCACAGACUCUAAAUAAUGGUUACGGUCAUUUAUCUGGCUCUGACUCAUUUCAAGUUCCAGUUAUUAAUUCUGUUCAUUCAAAAGAGCCCGGUGAUUCUUCUCAUGGUAGUCCCCAAUUGGGAAAUCAAAAAUUCUCGAAUAGGGGAAGCGGGAAUGAUGUAAAACACAAAGGAAAGCAGAUUCGUAAAAACACGAGUCCCCACGAAGGAUAUAAUGCACAAAAGAACCCUCGUUGCAGUCAAGAAAUUCCGCCACCAUCUUUUGGGGUGGAAACUACUAAUAUGUCUGGUAAUGGUCUAUGGGGGACAUCAGGAUGUCCAGAACCUUCUGACUAUAUUCAAUGCCUUACUGGGGUCAUUCUACUUGCUCUGAACACCCUUAAGAAUGAGAAGAUUGUACCCACAGAGGAAAACAUUGCUGAUUGCAUUCGAUAUGGAGAUGCUCGACAUCGUAAUACUGAUGUUAAGAAGGCUCUAACGAGUGCCGUUGAGCAGCAGAUGGUUGUACAGCGGAAGGUAGGUUCUUUGCAGUUGUAUAUUAAAAAGAACGAGAAACUAUGGGAAUGCGUGGACGCAAUGGCUGGCAAAGCAAAGCAGUACCCAAAGGCGACAUGGGACAAAAUUCAGAAAUUUCUGUCAUCUGCUGCUGGACGAUCUGCAAUACUGCGUACUCAGUGCAGGUACGAGGCAGCUACAGUAAUGAAAAAGAUGUGCUUAAAAGGGCUUGCUUUGGGUGAAGUUCUACAGAUUUUGCACAUGGUAAUAAACAAGAAAAGGUGGAUUAUAUAUAAUAAUCAGUCUGGAUGGAAACCAAUUAAGGUUAAUCUUACAGAGUCCAGCCCUAAUUCAGGAUUGGCAACUGUAAAUAAGCUCCCAAAGAACUAG